CUUCUUCCUUGGUGCUGCCUACGAGGUGGCUGCCAUCUGUUUUGCGGCAUCAUGGCUGCCCUCCGGCCUCUGGUGAAGCCCAAGAUCGUCAAAAAGAGGACCAAGAAGUUCAUCAGACACCAGUCAGACCGAUAUGUGAAAAUUAAGCGAAACUGGCGGAAACCCAGAGGCAUCGACCACAGGGUGCGGAGAAGGGGCCAGAUCCUGAUGCCCAACAUCGGUUACGGGAGCAACAAGAAAACCAAGCACACGCUGCCCAGCAGCUUCCGCAAGUUCCUGGUCCACAAUGUCAAGGAGCUAGAGGUGCUGCUGAUGUGCAACAGAUCUUACUGUGCUGAGAUUGCUCACAAGGUGACCUCUAAGAACCGAAAAGCCAUUGUAGAAAGAGCAGCACAGCUGGCCAUCAGAGUCACCAAUCCCAACGCCAGGCUACGCAGCGAAGAAAAUGAAUAGACGGCUUAUGUGCAUGUUUUAUGUUUGAGUAAAAUCACAAAACCUGAAAAAAAAAAUAAAAUAAAAUGACCAAAGAGCAAGUAAUAUGACAAAUAGCCAAAAAGGUGAAAGUUAAUAUUUAAUCUUUCUGCUUACUUGA